AUGGAGACGCCUUCUCCACCAAGGCGCGGCAAAAAGAAGCGAAAAACGCAAACCACACGGGCAUAUCGAAGAUGUGAGCAGGAGGUCGAGUCAUUGCUGAGAGAAACCAAGUACGAAGAUUGCGGCAGCCAAGAACUCGAAUUGGAGGCACGGAGCCUGCAGUUCUUUCACGGCGCAGACGAUGCGGCUGUCGGAGAGAAGGAGAUACUUGUCCAGGAAAUAACACCGGAGGAGAAGGGGGCCGAGGACAAUUCCAUUGACGGCGAGGCGGCCACAGAGACAACCGAUUCCCCGGCCCAAACAUACAUAGAUAUUGAGCUCCAGGAGCCGCCGCUGGUCUGGCCAGGGGUCCACAAACAGGUGCACUAUUAUGACGACAGCCUGCUGUAUAGGCCCGCCAAUGCCGUGCACUUUCAACUGCAUCUGAGUGACUGCAAUCCGAGACCCUCGCAAAUACGCAUGCUGAACCGCUUCCAGGAACAGGCAAAAGGCGAUGGCAGCAAAUUAAGCUCCGACCUAGUAUCGGAGCUGUGUGAUGACAGUCGUUCCCAAUUUGUGACGGACAGCCGCCUGUACCGCACUGUCUGCAAUAAGGAGUUCCAAGGCAUUUUCCUUGCACCAGCACCAAUCAACCAGUUCAUGGGCAUACCUACACGUCGCUGCCUCACGCUGACGUUUAAGCAACUCCGCUUUACUGCGCAUCCCCUGCUUCUGACAGAGCACCGAACGGCGCAGCAGCUGGAAGAUCUCUUUGAUCAGUAUACUGAAAAUCGUAACCGACAGGUAUGCCGGAAGCUGAAGGAGGAGCUGGACAUAGCCCGCCAAGUGGGUGCCAAGCUCGUCCUCUCUGCACGGCCCGAGCUGACCGACGAGAUUCGGCGUCAGCUGCGCCUCACGCAAAAGUUGCGACAACGUUACUAUUUGGAAUCCACGGCCGAGCGCAAUCUCUCCCUACGCCUGCUGCGCGUAUGGUCCAAACUGAAGGCGCUCCGCAGCCAGCAGGACUUCCAAUGCACCCGCUUUCAGCUGAAACUGCAUGUAGGCCAUCAUCCCAACCUGGAGUCCGCCUACUCGGACUGGAAACAACAGUUCGAGGACGAUCUCGCCGAGGUCUAUCGCGAGCAGUUGGAGCUCUUCUACUGCCGACGGCGUCAGUGGGGCGAAUCGAUGGUCGAUGGCGCAUCCCCAUCGAAGCCGCCACGCAAGCCGAACUUCGAAAAGCUAAUGGCCAGCCUCAAGAACGACUACGAUCGUGCCUUUAAGGAUCCCGAGGAACCGUUAGUUGAUUUUGUGCGUCUGUAUGCGGACGAGGCAGCUGCGAAGCUCUUCCUGCCAGCUAGCGAGCAGCUGUCCAAGCGUCGCAACCGCAGCUACUUCCUGAAGCUCUACCUGGACGAGCUCUAUGUGGGCCAGACCAGGACCUACCGCCUGGAGGAUGAUCUUCAUCUCUACAUGAACGAGAGCAUCGGUGUGCUGCUGGAGCGAACGAUGCCGCAGAACCUCAACAUUUGGCUCUAUGAGAAGUCUACGCUGACCCAGCAAGGACGCCGCCUGGCCGUGAUGAGUACGAGGCUGGAUCUCAGCCGAAAGGAUAAGGCGGUGCAUCUAAAGCUCGGCUUCUUGGCCUUCCCAUCUUCGCCCAAGAUGGCCGGAGAUGUCUGCUUGUACUACGACUAUGGCCCAACAGAGGUGCGUCAGGGGGCCAGUGAUUUGGAUGACAUACAACCACUGCCCGAUGCCCUGCUUCGGACUCUGUUCCCUCCAAGAUCCAAGGCUGUAGCUGCCGUCGCUGCCACCACGGAGCCGGCCACGCCCAUAGGACCCUGCCACAAGCGCAAGAAACACAAGCUGCCAGCUCUGUUGUUUACAGAGCAGGAGCUUCAGUUCUGUCCCAUCCGCACGCUGUUCAGCAACAAGCGAUACCAGCUGCUCCGCUCGCGGCACCAGCAGCGAAACGUCCACACCAAGCAGCUUCGCUUUAUCCCCGCCUUAGAACGAGAGAUAAUAUCCGACGAUGGAGAUGCGCUUUCCACCGCUGGCGACUCGAGCCAGCUCCUGGAGCCCGGAACCUACUGGAAUCCCAUCGAUCUGCACAAGCAUAGGGGCUACAAGUUCCUGAAGCUGCUCUACGAGAUCAUCGGUAGCCAGAGCGCCCGUCGGGCCAAGGCCCAGCAGUUGGCGCAUCCCCUGCUGUUUCUAGCCGAUGGCUUUGAUCUCUCUCUUGCCACCGGAUGGACGUCUCUCUGGCGUGCCUUGUGCUCGCUCUUUCAAGGACAAUCGACCGCGAUGAUUCGCGAGCCAGCUGCUUGGCAGCCACAGGCCGAGCACGAUCAGUAUCAGCACUUUGUGGUUUCCCUCCAUGUGGUGAGGGCCACUGGGGUCCCGGUGCGUAGCCGCCACCUUCUGAACAUCGAGGAUCAUCCUAACUCCGAGGCAGACAUGAGCAACAGCCUCUUUGUCACGCAGACUCUCAUGUACUCCAAUGUGCGUCCGUUUGUGUCCUUGAGCUAUGGCCAACGACUGAGCCGCAGUCGCUCGGCCGAGGGCAGCAAUCCCACCUGGAACGAAGAGCUGCAGCUGCAGCUCACCGGCUGCCAGAAGGAUAUGCGCGAGGAUCUAAAGAUCAGCCUGUUCGACGAGGUCAUCGAGCGGCAGCUCAGCGACGAGGCAUCCGAUCUGUACCAGCGUGUCCAAUGCAAUUGGCUGGGCGAGUACCGAGUGCCAGUCAGCAGUCUCCUGACCAGCGGGAAGUUUGAGGGAUGCAUUGAGCUGGCCAUGCCGAAGGUGCUGAUCGGCUACAGGCGACCCCUAAUUGAAUCUGUGACGAACAUGCCCCCCGAUCAGUAUCCCGAGUUCAAGGAAUCCGUGCAUAUCUGGUUCUAUCUCACCAUCGAGCCGAACCGCUGCGACCUGCCGCCGCUACCCACGAAUGUCCUGGCGUGUGCCGAGACGGUGCAGCUGCAGGCAUACCUCAAUGAGCGCCGCAUGGAGCUGCAACAGCUGCUGCCCCAGCCGCAGCGCUAUGUGGAGCCUCUGGUCUGCACGGCCUUGGGCAAGCGGGUUUGUGUGACGCGACUGCUGGAGCAGGUGCCAUUGCCAGGAGUGCUGGCCUCCAGCAAGAGUGCCCUGGAGAGUGCCUGUCGUUUUGUGUCAUUGUUGUGCCAACUGCGCAGCUAUGAUCCCUGCAUGGGCUUUCGUGGGGUCUGGCUAGACAACCAGACGCUGCUGGACAGCACUUGGUGCUCUGUCAAGGAUCAGGGGGUCCUGCUCUGCAACUAUAUGCUGGGCCUGGGGCUCGAGUGCUGGCUGGUCUUGGGCCAUUCCUGUCCGUAUGGGGAGUGCUGUUAUGUGCUCUUUCGCCAGCCGGAUACGGCCGAGCUCGUGUUCGUGGAUCCUGCCAGCGGCAGGCACUAUCAGCUGCAGGAUGUCUACUGUCCGCUGAGGCGCGUCUACUGCGUGGUGGGGAAGCAGAACAUGUACUUCAACAUACAGACAGAGACACGCGUCAGCAUGACCCACUUCAAUCUGCAGGAUGCCGCCUGCUGGUUUCCGCUCUUCAACCGCUCAUCAAAUCAAUCCGCUCCCGAGGGGGGUGUCCAGGAGCUGGACUAUGCCUACAAGAAGAGCUUUGAGCUGAGCCAGCUGCAGAAAAACAUUGAACGUAAGAUCAUGAAGAAGAUCAGUGCCUGGCGCACCACACGGAAGACCAACUUUAAUCGGGCUUUUCUACCGCACCUACAGCAGAUACUCAGCGACAUGGAAAGUCUGGCCACCUUCUCCCGGGCUCGCUACGAGAAGAACGCCUACAGCGAGCAGCUGGAGCGCGUGUUUCCCAACUACAUGCUGCACGGCUUCACCCUAAACUUUCCGUACACCAACCUGGCGGCCGUAUCUGACCGCAUCCGCACCACCUGCAUCCACUACAACAACAGUCCAACGGUGGAGUUCUGCGUGGCGGUACAUCUUAAAGCGUACGCAAACGAUGUGAUAUCUGUGUGGGUGUUCCUGCUAGCCGUAGUCCCACUGGAUGUGAAUCAGAGGGGACAAUGAAUGGGUGCACCCCCCAUCUGGGGGCGGGUUCCCUUCGAUCCCGAUAAGCAAUGACAUUUUACAAAUUCAUGCGGAAUCAUACGAAAUGAUUUUUAUCAGCGAUUUCACCUGAAAACCAUUUAAUUUGGUUUACAACCCAUAGGCGUAUACAUUCUAUGUACAAAUAUAUACAAAUAUAAUGAUAAGCAAU